AUGACAAGCCAGAACACUGCUAUAGUCUCUCAUGGGACGGUCGAAACUCAGCCUUCACAGAUCUACGGCAGUGGCACUCCCAUACUACGUAUAGGCAAUGGAGGAGCAGGAGCAACAGGGCUGGUAGAGGCUCUUGCAAAUGACUAUCUCAGCACAACUUCGACACAUGGGUCCAUUCACUGGAUAUGCAAUCAUUCCCGCAACACUCAACUCGCACUCUUGGGUGGUCAUAUAGACUUGGCCUUAACUUACGAGCGCGACCAAGAAGCCCUUGCAGCUCUCGAGGGCUGGUCCGUUACCGCUGGAUAUGCUUUUCACGAUCAUUUCUGUCUCCUGGGUCCAGAAAAUGAUCCUGCAGAUAUCCGUUCAUCAACUCAUAUCGGAGAUGCUUUUGCCCGCAUAGCCAAAACUCGAAGUCUUUUCCACAGUCGUGUUGACGCUUCGGCGACUAUGUGGAAAGAGAGAAGCUUAUGGGGGCUUGUAGAUCCGAAGCCCUGGGACGAUAGCGAAGCAGAAACGUGGUAUAAGACCAGUACCAGUGGUCCUGCUGAAGCGCUGACCAACGCUGACGCCGCUGGCGCGUAUCUUCUUUCCGAUCGUUCCACACUUUUACGACAGACAAUGCUGCGCGCCAUAUCGAAGUCCACGGUCUUCUAUGAGCCUAUGGGCCCCAAGGAUAUACUCAUCAAUAGCUGCUAUGCUCUUUACUCCCCGCGCCUGCCGAUAAGAAUCCAUCAUGAGGUACAUCAAUUCCUCAAGUAUCUCAACUCUGCACGAGGGCAAGCAGUGAUAUCGCGUUUUGGGGAGAAUGAGGUUGGAGUCCCUUUCUUCGCUUGCGUCGAAGAUGGCUUUGCAAAGACCUCACUGCUCAAUGGACGGGCGUCUGGAGGACGAUGGGUAUUCAAAACACUGGAUCUGCCCAAAGCUAGGCUUUGA